AUAAUUAUCUUCUUGGUUUAAAUUGAAUUUUAUAUUCUCCAUGAUGCUAAAAUUUAUUUUCUGUGGCGUCUUAACAUGCCGACAUGUAUAUAUUUGAGGUUAUAUUUACAUAUUUAAAUUAAUAUGGUAUAAAAGUAGACCAUUUCGUAGCAACUGUGGUAGAAACCAACUUGCACUUGCCGAUGUUCAGAGUUGGUAAGGAGUGGUCGUAUAGUUUUAAGAAGUAUUUUUAAAAGUAUUACAGUGAACAAAAUGUCUGAUGUGUAUAUAGUUGCGGCCUGUAGGACUCCUAUAGGGAGCUUUCAAGGACAGUUUGAAAAACAUUCUGCCGUUGAUCUAGGUGCUGUUGUGAUUGCAGAAGCUAUUAAGCGAGCAAAUCUUCAACCAGAAGAUGUAGACAAAGUUAUCAUGGGGCAGGUUUUAACUGCUGGUCAAGGUCAGAACCCCGCAAGACAAGCUGCAUUGGCCGCGAAAAUUCCCACAACUUGCCCCGCGCUUAGGUUGGAUUUUCUUUGCGGAUCAGGACUUAGCACUGUUGCAUCAGGAUAUCAAGGAAUUAAAACUGGAGACUGUGAAAUAAUUAUAGCAGGAGGACAAGAAAGCAUGACCAGAGCUCAGCACGCUGCUUAUCUCCGAAAUGCCAAACUGGGAAAUUUAAACUUAGCAGAUACUUUACUAACGGAUGGACUACACUGUGCUAUUAAUAAAGAUACUCAUAUGGGCCACACCGCUGAACAUUUAGCCAAAAUUUACAGUAUUUCGCGAGAAGCUCAGGACGAGUUUGCCUGCAAAUCUCAGAAUAAAGCUGAAAAGGCUAUUACUGACGGUUUAUUCGAGAAGGAAAUUGUUGGAGUACCCGAAAAAAAGACUGGCAACCUCAUAGCAAAAGAUGAAUUUCCCAAAUUCGGAACGACGGUUGAAAAACUGUCGAAACUCAGGCCUUGUUUUAUAUCAAAUGGUACUGUUACAGCUGGAAACGCUUCAGGGAUCAACGACGGUGCCGCAGCAGUAUUACUAGUUAGCGAAAAACAGUUAAAACAAAGACAGAUGACGCCUUUAGCGCGUAUCGUGGGAUUUGUAGAGGUUGGCGUUGAUCCCAUGAUCAUGGGUAUGGGUCCAGUUGGAGCUGUUAAUAACCUUCUGAAAAAAAUUGGUUGGUCGAAAGAAGACGUCGACCUUUACGAACUAAACGAAGCCUUCGCCGUUCAAAGUAUCGCCGUGAACAAAGAACUGGGCAUAGACGAGUCUAAAAUAAACAUCACAGGGGGCGCUAUCGCCUUGGGUCACCCAUUGGGAUGUUCCGGAACCAGAGUACUCGUCACUCUGAUCCACAAUCUGCACAGAUUGAGCUUGAAGAGAGGUGUCGCUGCGUUAUGUAUUGGAGGUGGAAUGGGAAUUGCACUAGCUGUUGAAGUUUAAUCAAAAAAUAUGUGUGUUGAGAGUUGCCUAUUCAGUAUGAAGUUUAUUUGUACAUUGUAUUCGAGAUAUAUUUUGUAUUUUGUGACAAUAGACAUAUACGUUUUUUAAUGUGAA